CUUCGUCUCUGAAUUAUUUCUAGACUAGUCCUGGCAUGCUUCACUUAUAUACAUUCAGGCCGGCCACUAGCAACCUGUACCUGUACCUACCUGUACCCAUGAUAUAAUUGCCCUGCUUCGAAAUCAUAGAAUCUGUCCGCCAAUACUGAAUUCAGCCUGACUGAAAUGCCUUCAACAGGAGAAAUUGACUCAUGCAGUAGCGCUUAUCUUUCCAAUCGACUCGGACUUUCUUUGGUCCUCACCGCAGACGUCACUCGCCAAUUGUUGGUAUAACGUGCAGCGUAAUGUCCGUUUUUACGAUGAGCCUCGUUGACCUCUCCCAUCCAUUCGAUCCAGAGCGCAUGUCGAUUCCUCCAGGCCUUCCUCAGUUCAUUUCUUGUCCAAUCGCUACCGUUCCGAAAGACGGAUUUAGUAUGCAUACGGUCAGCUUCGGAUCUCACACAGGAACACACAUCGAUGCGCCCUCACAUUUCAUUGCUGAUGGGAAAACCAUCGACCAAAUACCUCUUACUGCUCUCGUAGGAUCUGCUGUCGUCCUAGACUUCACCUACAAAGGUCCCAAAGAAGUUAUCACAUGGGCUGAUAUUACAAAAAGUCCCCACGCUGACAAGAUCGAACCAGGGAUAAUCGUUCUGUUUCAUACUGGGUGGUCGAAACAUUGGGCCGCGGCCGAGCAGAUAUACUGGGACCACCCGUAUUUGAGUCCUGACGUCGCAGAGCAACUCAUCGCUCGCGGUGUUUCCGUAAUCGGAAUCGAUUGUGCAAGCCCAGAUAAAUCACUGUUAGAGCCCCCUUGGGACUUUCCCUUCCAUCUUGCAUUCUUAGGUCGCGGAGGGUUUAUCGUCGAGAAUCUAACAACUCUGGGGGAGCUGGGGCCAAAAGUCAUGGUGAAUCUUCUUCCGAUAAAUUUGGUUGGGUGUGACGGUGCUCCGGUACGAGGAAUCGCGUGGAAAUGAAGCUGCAUAAAGGUUUUCGUGGCACGGACGUUUUAACGGUUUUCCUUUCUUUCAAAAAAAAUUCUGUUUGUACCUGCCUAAUGUCUGCAUCCGUGUACGUGCCUCGAAAAGCCCGGAUAUUAUUCUAGCCUCUGCAAGCUCCAUUAAUUGCCAAAUAUUCGAGAUCUAUUCGAAGA